UGUGGUUCUGUGAACGGUGGUGAAGAGCUGCAAUGUCUGGCCGAGGGAAACAAGGCGGUAAAGUGAGGGCUAAGGCAAAGUCCCGGUCAUCUCGGGCUGGCUUGCAGUUCCCGGUGGGCCGUGUUCAUCGGCUUCUCCGGAAGGGUAAUUAUGCCGAGCGGGUUGGCGCUGGAGCGCCUGUAUAUAUGGCUGCUGUCUUAGAGUAUCUGACUGCUGAGAUUCUCGAGUUGGCCGGCAACGCUGCGCGCGAUAACAAGAAAACCAGGAUCAUCCCCCGCCAUUUGCAACUCGCCAUCCGUAACGACGAGGAGCUCAACAAACUACUGGGGAAAGUCACCAUCGCUCAAGGGGGUGUCCUGCCCAAUAUCCAGGCCGUGCUGCUGCCUAAGAAAACUGAAAGUCAUAAAGCCAAGAGCAAGUAAAAGUGACCGAGGAGAAACGGGGACAUCUGAAUCUGCUUAAAAAUUAAAAAAAUAACCCAAAGGCUCUUUUCAGAGCCACC